ACUUAGAUGGAGCCGUUGCCCUUUGCAGACGAAGAUUCGUGGGAGUUGCACCGUGCGCUGUACAAGUCGGUGGCGUUGGGGAUGUUCCGAUUCUUCGUGGACCACGAAGACCACUGCAUCGGGGAGCACUUUGUCGUCUAUUACGUCAUCACACGGCCCAAGUCAGCGCAGAAGGAGGGGACGGUGGCGCUGUACCCAUUCGCCCAGCUCCAAACGAUCGAUCCGGGAUUGCUGGAGCUCAUACAUCUUGAGCUCGUAUCCAUUGCGCAAGUGAUCGCCAGCGAGGAAGAGGAGAUCGAGCCACGAUUGCAGACGGCGGCUGCCCCGCGGAGAACGUACAACGCGGUCGUCAUCCCAGAUUACAUUGCGCAGCGCGAGGAGAGGUUGGAGGACUUCACGGAGGAAAAGCCGUUGCGACCUCCCUCGUCAUAUCCCAGACCGGUGCCGCCAAAGGCCCCCAAGAAGACGCCGAAAAGGAAGAGACGCCACCCGUCGCCAAGAGCGCAAGGCAGCAAAAUUGGUGGUGGCGAGGAGGUGGUUCAGCCCCCGCACAUGCGGAAUCUUGAUCCAGUGCCUGGGAGUGCGGCGACACUCGUUAAGGAGACUAUCGUGCCAUCGCCGCCCUUCCCGCGCGUGCCCGAUCUCUAUCCUGAUGGAGCGGGGCCAUCAGCAGCCACCGCCUGAGGAGGAAGCCGAAUGAGAUUACCGGAUCCCGUAUCCAGACCCCCCGUCCUCGCGGGACCUCUCCGCUUCCGCCAGCCACCCCGGA